GGACGCAGCACCGAUGGCUUCCAGGCAGUUGGAGACCUCAGGGACCUCUGCUGCCGUCGUGUUCUGUUUGCUGUGCCCGGGCAGAGCAUCCAUGCGGCACCGCAGCCUGGAGCCGGGGCUGGCACGGGGCCGGGCGCUGCCAGGAAAGAGCGGCGGUGUGGGAGCCCUGAUGAGUCGCUGUGUCCGGGGCAGCCCCGAGGCUGCGCCUCCGUUUGCAUGGAGCUGUGGCUGCGGGGAACGGGCGCGUCCCUUGCAGAGCCUUUAGGACACAGCGCAGAGGGGCUCAGCCUCGCGUCCCCCUCAGCUGGCAGGGCGUGCGGCUGCUCGGCAUCUCGCGGGGUGGGGAUCGGAGCGGUGCCGGCUGGUUGGGCUGCGGCUCAGCGGGGCAGCAGUGGGGCUGGCGGCUCGCAGCGCUGCUCUCGCGUUGCCAGGGCCCCGCAGGGAGGAGCGCAUCACGGCUGCUCUCACUGAGGUGCCAGCGGCUGCCGGCUGACUCCGGUGUUCCCAGGGUGGUGGUAAUGAGUGACGAGCCCUCGGGCAAGGUCCGCCGCCUGCCCAUAACGCACCGUGCCAGGAGGAGCGGGCGGGGCCGGGCUGCCCCUCAUCCGCGGGGUCCGCCCCGCUCAGCCGCGCGGGGGGACGCAGUGGCAGCGCCUGGCGCUGUGAGCGACGCGCCCCGGGGGGGGGUGAUGCGAUGCUGAGCACUGACGGCCUCCGGGCUGCGCACGCGGGGCUCGGUGAGCUCACUGUGCAGCUAAACGACGAGAGCGACGCGUCGUGCUUAGGAAAUACGUUGGAUAUUGUGGGUCUGUAAAGGAAAAGAAGGAAAAAAGCGUUUUGUUUCAUGGACCGUGAGCAGAUAACGUAUCACGCGGUCACGCAUUGGGGUCGGUCAUCCAUCCGUUACCCACCACUGGUGGGAAUGCUGGCUCUGUCUCCUCCUGUCGGGGCACCCGAAGCGCCACGGCAGCCCCGGGCAGUGGAGGAGGGGCCGGACCGGCGCUGCCGGGCAUCCCGGGGCCGGGCUGUAGUUCAGCCUCCGCCUUCCAGGGCACGGCCUCCACCUGCCUCCGGCCUUCAAAAGCACCCGCGGCGCCUGGCACUGCCCUGCAGCGGCAUGGCGGCGGGGCCGGAGAGCGGCGGGGAGUGCGGGAUCUGCUAUGAGGCGUACCAGGGCGUCAGGGGCGGCCGGGCGCCCCAACGGCUGCCCUGCAGCCACUCCCUCUGCCAGAACUGCCUGCACAAGUUGGUGUGCCGCGCCGCCACUGUUGCUUUCAUCAGUUGCCCCUUCUGCAGGAUGGUGACGCUGAUGCCCGAGAUGGCCCCGGGCGGCCGCGGGAUGACGGCAAUCCCGGGGACCCCGCACCGCGCCCGGCUCACAGCCGGGGAGGAGGAGGAAGAGAAUGAAGGCAGCGGUGCCCAUUGGGCCUCGGGGCACUCCGUGGCCAUGGAGGUGGCGUGCGCGGCCCACGCUCCCGUCUUUACGGUGAGCAGCAUGGUGGCCCCCUGCAGCCUCCGCCGCGGCCCCGAAGCACCGGGAGCCUUCGUGCUGGGGCUGCCGGGGCGGGGGCUGCUGCUGGACUCACAGCCGCCCCUCACCUCCGUGGAGAACCUGCGCCUCGGCUUCGCCGCCGGCAUCCUCAUCCUCAUCGUCGCCACCUUCUUCCUGCUCGUCUUCCUCAAGUAGUGACGGAGGGCUCAGGGCCAGCACUGCGGCCCCCACCGUCCCCCGCUGGGGCCCGUCUCGCCUCCAGGCAGCCAACACGGACCCACGGCGGGGUCAGGAAUUCGGGCUCAGCCUCAGCGCGCGCAUCGGAUCCUGGUGAGGUGGGGAGAGGACGGGGGCUCCGCUUCCCACCGGAUCAGCCCCGCGCUGUGGGAGCUGCAGUGCACUCAGCCGUGGCCACGCGGCACCGACGUGGGCCCCAGGGCAUCAGACUUACUAAAAAUUAACAGAUUUCAGCGCUUUCCUUUACCCCCUGGGACCUGGCUGUGCUCACGCUGCGUUUAUGACUUUCCCGGAGCCUCCAGCCAUCCCAGCAGUGGGAGUCACAGCGCCCUGGAACAUUCCUUGGGCUGCAUCCACACAUGGCAUCCAGAAGCUGCCGUGGCUGCGCUCACCCGCAGUGUGCUGAGGGCGAUCCACAGCGAUCUGCGGUACCUCCGUGCACUUCAGGGGUCAGAGAUGGGCAUCACCCAUCCCACGCGGCUGUGAGGACCACGGGAGAUGGGAUGGGAAAGGGCUGUGCUGUUUUUCUGUCGGUGAAAUGUUAAACAACUUCCUGUGCUUUCUCCUCGCGCUGCUCAGAGCAGAGCCACGGCCCCCACUCUGGCUGUAUGCACAGGGAUGGGGCAUCUGGGGAAAGGCAGCUGGGAAAGAUAUUAAAAAUGCACAUUGGUCCAGA